UGUGCCAACAACAACAUAAACAGAGAGAGAGAGGCAUAUGUAUGUACUAUGUAUGUUUCCAAGUUCCCAUAAAAUAACAAAUGUGAAACUCCUAUUUGGACGAACAAUAACAAAGAAGUUGUCUGUCUCCUCCAACGACAAUUUCUCUCACACUCUCUCACUCUAUCCAAAUUUCCUUAACCCCAUCAAUCUCUAUUACUUAGUUUUUCUGUAUUUUUUUUUGUUUUUUGUUUUAUAUAUGUGUUAUUGAUCUCCAAUUCAUUAUCUUGUUGUUAUUUCAAUCUUUGAUUGUGGGUUUGAGAGCUUCGAAAAGAGAAAAAAGAUAGUAAAUUUACAAUCAAUCUGAUAGAUUAUGAUCUGGGUCAUUGAUGAUUUGAGAGUUGGAAAGCUGUGAUCGAUUCUGUGAAUGAAGAAGGAUGGGAUUGGAAUCGGUUGGGGUUUUGAACGUUGAAUUGAAAAAAAAGCUCGAGCCCCAAUUGAACAAUUGGGUUUUCGGGUCGGUCCGAUCGGUGAUCGGGUAAUUGAAUCGGGAUUUUUAUUUUGUGUGUGCUUUCAUUGUUGUGUUGUGUGUGAAAAAAAGGGGUGUGGUAGAAUCGAUGUGGAAGGUAUUGGGUGAGGUAAAUUUGAAGGUGGGAGUUUGAUUUUAGGGCUUCUGAAUUUGGGUCAUGGAUGAGGUGAGCCCUAGCAAUGAGAGUAAGGAUUUGGGUGGCGGAAGUGGUGGUGCCGAUGACUUAUCGGCGGCGGCGAUGGCGGCUGCAGCCGGGUUGAGUUGGCGGCCGAGGCAGCUGGCGUUUAGUCCUUAUGGUACUGUGAACAAGGUCCAAGCUUUGCGUGUUGUUGUGCGGAGACCUUUGGUGGCAAGACUAACAAAGGACAUCGUUGAAACAUACCAAUUAUGCAAUCCACAGUUGGUGGCAAGACUAACAAAGGACAUCGUUGAAACAUACCAAUUAUGCAAUCCACAGGUCAAGUAUUCAGAGGAACUAAAUCUGAAGAGAUACUUAACUAGCCCAUCCAUUGGAGUCCUAAAUGAUGGCUACAAUAAUCUGAACUCAGAUCUUAUUUUGACUGCAAACUAUGUCUUAAUCAAUUCAGAACAGCGAAGAUACAUUGUAAAGGAUGUUCUUGGCCAUGGAACAUUUGGGCAGGUUGCUAAAUGCUGGUUUGCAGAAGCUAACAGUUUUGUUGCUGUGAAGAUCAUAAAAAAUCAGCCUGCUUCCUAUCAACAGGCAUGGGUUGAACUAACCAUAUUGACAAUGCUGAAUAAGUAUGAUCCUGAGGAUAAGCAUCACAUUGUUCAUAUCUAUGAUUACUUUGUAUAUCAGCGUCAUUUGUGCAUCUGCUUUGAACUGCUUGACACAAAUCUGUAUGAGCUUAUCAAAAUAAAUCAUUUUAGGGGAUUAUCAUUGAGCAUUGUCCAAAUGUACUCUAAACAGAUUUUGCGUGGACUGGCUCUGUUAAAAGAUGCUGUGAUAAUUCAUUGUGAUCUGAAGCGAGAAAACAUUCUAUUGUGCACUAGUGUGAAGCCAGCAGAGAUUAAAAAUAUUGACUUUGGAUCAGCAUGCAUGGAGGAUCGCACUGUUUACUCCUACAUUCAGAGUCGUUACUACAGAUCUCCUGAAGUUCUUCUUGGGUAUCAGUAUCCUUUUCAGUGAAGUUACUGCUAUAUGUCACAUAUUGUGGCACUUUAUAGAACCGCCCCUAUAUAUGAGAUAUAUUGCGGCGAACCAUUAGACCACCACAAUAGAUAUAGUCUUUUGCAGCAUAAAAAAAUAAUAAAAAAAUAAAUCUCUCUCUCUCUCUCUCUCUCUCACAAAAUCUCUUGUCAUUCUCAAAACUCAGCGAUCAAUCUUCCCACCACUGCCACACAUCCUCACUCUCAAAACCCAGCUUGGGUCUCUCUCUAUUAGCACUCACUACCACCGCUUGCCGAUUGAAGCCCCCCAAAACAGCCAUUGAGGCUUGGACGAAGCCAAAUGCUUGACUUUUGCCACACCAAAACCAAGCAAUCAACAAAUCCACCCCACGACCCACCACCAAACCCAACUGACCACCAUUUCCACAACCACCAACCACCACCACCAUGGAGGGAUGAGGCAGAAAAAGAGACCCAUCAAGAGAGACCCACUAAAAAGAGAGACAUUGAUUUAAGCGAAAGAGAGAGUGAAGCACUGAUCUUUGAGAGAGAGACAACGAUCUGAGCAAGAGAGAGAGACCCACCAGUUUGAGAGAGAGAUAAACUAGUAUGAGAGAGGAAUAUGAGACAUUUGCGUCUGAUUUUGAGCAAAAUUGAGAGAUAGAGAGAGCGGAUCAAUGAGCAAUGAUUGAAGAGCAAAGAUGGCAAUGCGAGGUCAUGGAGUUAGAGAGAGAUCUGAUAGUUUUGGAUGAGAGAGAGAGAGAGAGAGAGAGAGAGAGAGAGAGAGAGGAUUGAGAAUGUCUUAAAAGAGUUGGAGAACCAGUUUGAGAAGGAGGUUUUGGGCUGAAGUUUUUCUUUUGAGUGUGUGAUUGUGUGAGAAAAUGCUUAAUAA